AAAAUGGAACUAGGCUAGGGAUGUGCGUAAGGUUCGAGUGAAAACGCGUUAAGUAUUAAUAAAAGCCUGUUCACUUCAGAUCGAGUCCGUGCUAUGUCCGUGCGCAAGAGCAAGUCAGUGAGAGUGAAGUGCGUGUGAUGCGAGCCGGCUGACCUCUCUGCCGUGACACCGCAGCGGAACCCUGGCGAAGAAAACCGUCAGGAUGGCCGACCCUGAUGCGUUCGAUGACGAGAAGCUGGUGGUGGGCAACGCCACGCAGCGCAACUGGCGCGGCAUCCUCAUCGCGCUGCUGGUGAUUGUGGCCGUCCUGGCGCUGAUCGUCACGUCCGUGGUGCUGCUGACGCCGCCCGACGAGGGGCCCAGGAUCAAGGGCCGCCGGCUCCGCAUACAGGACCUGCUCAGCGACGAACUGGUGCCUGUUAGGUGGAAUGGGACGUGGAUCUCUGGUGAUGAGUUUGUGUACCGCGACGCGUGGGGCGGCAUCAGCCUCAUGUUCGCUGCCAACCAGUCUUCCAAGACCCUCAUGCCCAAUACCACUUACAGAGUACUGGAGCCGGCCUCGUUCUCGGUGUCCGCGGACCGGCGCUUCCUGCUGCUGGCGCAGAGCCUGCGGCGUCUGCACACGCACUCAUACCUAGCGCGCUACACCGUCUACGACAUACUUACCACCGAGUCGUAUCCCCUAACGCCGCUACCGGACGAGGUGGGCGGCGGCGUGGUGACCGAGGGUCCGGCGCUGCUGCUGGCCACGUGGACGCCCAAGGGCCACGGGCUCAUCACGGUCAAGGACUGCGACAUCUACUACCGGCCCGCGCCGCGAUCUUCAACUGGCUAUCGCGUCACCGACACCGGCAAGCCUGGGACCAUUUAUAAUGGCGUGCCGGAUUGGUUGUACGAAGAGGAGAUCCUAAAAACGCGGUCGGCGCUGUGGAUGUCUGCCGACGGUCACAUGGUGCUGUACGCCACCUUCAACGACACGCUCGUGCUCGAACAGAAGUUCCCGUGGUACGGGCCCUCGCUGGACACUGAUGACCCGGCGAAGACAUACCCGGAGAUCAGAAGCGUAAGGUACCCGAAACCUGGCACGAUCAACCCCACGGUGCGGCUCACGGUAGCCGACAUAGCAGACCCGAAACACAUACGCACCAGGCACUUAACACCGCCGAAGAGUAUACUUGAAGAUGGCGACUACUACUUCACAAGCGCGCAAUGGGUCUCACUGACAGAAGUGUGCGUGGUGUGGCUCACUCGCACGCAGAACCUCUCCGUCGUGUCCGUCUGCAAGAGCCCCAUGUGGUACUGCCAAGAGGUGUACAGGAUAUCAUCAAGCUCGGACAGCUGGGUGGAGUCUGCGCCAGCGCCGCUCUGGUCGGCCGGCGGCGGGGCGCUCGUGACCCUGGCCCCCAUCAGGGACGGCCCCGCCGGCCUGUUCCGGCACAUCGUCCGCGCCGAGCACAACGCUCACGGGCCGAGGGCGUUGCCACUCACGCACGGCAGCUUCGAUGUUGUCAAGCUGUUGGCGUGGGAUCAUGCUAAUCAACACAUAUACUACCUGGGUAUACCAGAAGGUAAACCAGGGCAGCAGCAUCUGUACAUGGUGUCGUCAGAAGCGCCCCGGCCCGGGUCGCCGCAGAAGCUGCCUUACUGCGUCACGUGUAACACACAGCCUUCCCCGGCAAUCAACCUAGAGUACUACGGCAACCUGGCGUCCUCGGGCGACAGUUGGGACACAGACUGGGACGAGGAGCUGCCAGCCACCUCGCCCUCGCCCAACGCCAGGAAAAAGAAGAAAAAACGACCUGAACACAUAGAACAGAACCUGCCGUGCCUGUACCACGAGGCGCACUUCAGCCCGUCGUCGGCGUACUUCGUGCUGGAGUGCCUGGGCCCCGGCGUGCCAACCACCAGCCUGUACCGCACGCUGCUGCCCGAGCCAAGGAUGCUCGUCCACUUGGAGAACAAUACUGAUGUCAAGGAGCGGUUAUCGUCGAUAGCCAUCCCGACGCCGCGCACGUUCUCGGUGCAGCUGUCGAGCGGGCACACGGCGCGGGUGCGGCUGCUGCUGCCGCCCGGGCUCCGGGAAGACGAGGUCACCAAGUACCCGCUCGUCAUGAAAGUGCACGGCGCGCCGGGCACGCAGCUGGUGACGGAGCGCUGGGCGCUGGGCUGGGGCGCGCUGGCGGCGGGGCGGGGCGCCGUGCUGGCGGCCGUGGACGCGCGCGGCGCCGGCGGCCGCGGGCUCGGCGCGCACCACGCGCUGCACCGCCGGCUCGGCACCGUCGAGCUGCAGGACCAGCUCGAGGUGGCGGAGUACUUACGUGACUCGCUACACUUCAUCGACUCGCGUCGCGUGGCGGUGUGGGGGCGCGCGCACGGCGGGUUCCUGGCAGCGCUGGCGUUGGCCAGCCCGCUAGACGUGUUCCACUGCGGCAUCGCCAUCACGCCUAUCGUGCGCUGGAGAUACUAUGCAUCCGCGUACGCGGAGCGCUACAUGGGCUUCCCCAACGCGACGGGCAACUACCGCGGCUACGCCGACGCCGACGUGACGAAGCAGGCCGCGGCGCUGCACGACAAGAUGCUGCUGCUGGUGCACGGCACCGCCGACGACAACGUGCACGUGCAGCAGACCAUGGCGCUGGCGCGGUCGCUGGCCGACCAGGGCAGCAUGUUCAGACAGCAGAUCUACCCAGACGAGGGCCACAGCCUGUCCGGCGUGAGGCGGCACCUGUACCGCACCAUGUCGGCGUUCCUCGACGACUGUUUCCGCAAGCAAGUGCCGCCGGAGACCAAGGCGGGGCUGCGGAACGGCGGCAACCUCGACUGAGACACGUGGCGGGACGAAGAGUUGUACUCGCGAUAAUGAACGGAGUCGUCGGCACAUUGUAGCAACCUUAUCCUAUUAACCUGUAGUACAACAAUUCCAUAUCCUGACCCCAAUACGUCUACUGCCAAGGAGUGGACAGCUCUGAACACAUAAUCAUGUAUGUGAUAAUACAUUAGUAUUAAAGACAUUUUUAUCGUGUUAUAAACCCUGUCAAUGAAAUGCGACAGCUAUAAAAUUAGACGGAGUGAUUUGACUAUG